GGCUUCUUCUGAAUAAUUCAACACGGGCAGAGCUGUGAAAGAAAAGAGAGACAGACGGCAGAGCAGGUGUCUGAUCUCACCUCAGACGCCUUUUUGUCCUCUCCUGCAUUCCACACUGAGGACAAGGACAGGAGUGGCUCUAUGCACAUACACCUGUAGGACCGGUUUUGCAAAUCACGUGACACUUGUGGAAUUUUUUCCACCUCUCUCUCUCUCUCUCUCUCUCUAUCUCUCUCGCUCGCUCGCUCGCUCGCUCUCUGUUCCACUGCAGAAGAUGGCAGAAGUGACGAACCAGGCGGCCACCUCGUUCCCGGCGCCCACCAUCUCCCUGCCACUUGGGCUGGAAGUCAUCAGGACCUACUCCGGAACACUGAUCUGCAUGGAGAUUGUCUUUGGGGGUUUGGUUUGGAUUCUCGUGGCCUCCUCGAACAUCCCUGUGCCGCUGCUCCAGGGCUGGGUCAUGUUUGUGUCUAUCACCGCGUUCUGCUGCUCCACGGCCUACCUCGCCCUCUUCCUGCUUGGCUUAGCAAGCCGAAUCAACACCGACUGGAACUUCAUGGAUAUGAUGUACCACUUCGUUGCCCUGCUCUUCUACUUCACGGCGUUUGUGCUGGAAGCUGCGACGACGUCCGGAGCACGAAAGCAGUACGUGAACAACACAACGUGUGUCCUCAGACCCAGCUCUAACAUCAUCACCUUCAUGGAUUUCAGACAGUACAGUAUUAACGUGGUGGCUACGAUAUUCGCGUUCAUAGUGACCGUGUGUUACGGCUGCAGCCUGUUCAUGGGCUUUAAGCGAUGGAGGAAGUGACGAUGAGACUCCGCCUUCACAGAGACGCUCCCUGAUCACACGUUUACUCCAAGUGUGUUAUUACUAUCCACAACACACACACACACACACACACACACACACACACACAAAUGUGAGAAUUCUGGUUAUUUAACAUGGAAGUGUAUUUUUAGCUGCACUGGAUUUAACUAAGGAACGUAUUUUAGUUCUGUAAAGCUGAGAUGUGUUCUGUGUUACGUUGGAAAACAUUUCUGUCAAAAGUAUCCAUGAGUUCUGGACCCAAAAAAGUAAACCUUACAUCUAGUUUAUAUUUUAUCUACAAAAGAAAAACAAUAUAAUUUAAAAAAUGACAUUUAGGUGCAUCCUGAAACAAGGUAUCAUCAUUUUAUUAUUAUUAUUAUUAUUAUUAUUAUUAUUAUUAUUAUUAUUAUUAUUAUUAUUUCUUUACAUUUAUAUAAUUUUAAAAGGGGUGUGCAAACCUUUGAAGUGAUAUUUGAACUUUUUUACUAUUAAUAUCUAAACAUAUUCCAUUUGCAUUUUUGUUACUUGUGAUAAUGAAGUAUGUAAAUGUUAUUUUGCUUUAAAUUACAUUUCUUUGUCUUCUUCAUUUUGCAGUAAGGGUGUGCAAAGUUUUGCACUCGCACCCUAGAGAAUAUUUCAGUUUUAUAUAUAUAUAUAGAUGGAUGGAUAGAUAAUUUAACUUUGGCCUCUGUCCAGUUUAAAUGUAAAAAUCUAAUCUAAUCUAAUCUAAUCUAAUCUAAUCUAAUCUAAUCUAAUCUUAUGUGUCUGUUCACAGUAAAACUCAUUAAUUUUAUUGUUGUCUGAAUAAACAAGUAUUUUUAA